ACGAAUCAGCAGGGCAUGUGGACGCAGGAAUUGGUUUGUUUGCGUGAGGGAACCUUGGACAGCUCUCUCGCUGGGGUACUUGGUUUUGGCAUCUUUAUGAAAGCCUCAGUUUUGUUUUCCUGCGGGUAACGGGGUUUGGAUUUUUUCAAGGAGUUCCUGGAAUUAGUAAAUCCUUCAUUUCAUACAUCAUUAGCCACAAUAGCACACUAUGUCACUCCCAGCAGCUCCCCCAACAUAUGAUGAGGCUGUGGCAGGGACAAAGGAUCAGGCCUACUCUAUUCCACCAUAUGCCUUGCAUCAGCCUCCACCACCACCGCUCCCACCUCCAUCCACAGUACCCAUCCACCCUAGCUGGGGAUUUGUGCAUCACAAUCCAAGUCCUGGUUAUAGUAACCCUUAUGGCUCAGAUAUGUAUUCUCCUUAUUCUGAUCCCAGCAGUCACAGCAGCUAUGAUGGAGUCACUGCAGAGAACUGGGAAGAUAAAAAUAUCAGGCGCAUGUUUAUCAGAAAGGUUUAUACCAUUGUGAUGACUCAGUUGUUGAUCACAUUUGGAGUGGUGGCUGUCUUCACAUACAGUGAACAAGUACAGAGAUACAUCCAGAACAACAGUGCUUUAUAUUUCGCCUCAUAUGCAAUAUUCAUGUCCACAUACCUCGCUUUGAUUUGCUGCUCAGGUGUCAGGCGGAGAUAUCCAUGGAAUCUUAUACUUCUAAUUCUUUUCACCCUGGCUAUGUCAUAUAUGGCAGGAAUGUUAGCAAGUUACCAUAAUACCAAGAGUGUGAUGGUAUGCAUUGGAGUCACCGCUAUGGUCUGUCUCUCUGUUACACUGUUCUGCUUCCAAACCAAGUUUGAUUUCACUUCUUGCCAUGGACUGAUGUUUGCCUUAUCGAUGACACUGCUGCUGACAGGCCUGGUUAUGGCUUUUACCAUUCCUUUUGGAUAUAUACCUUGGUUACAAACUGUAUAUGCUGGUCUGGGAGCUGUAGCCUUUACUAUGUUCUUGGCCUAUGACACACAGCUGCUGAUUGGGAAUCGACGUUAUUCUCUUAGUCCUGAAGAGCAUGUCUUUGGAGCCCUAUGCCUUUACAUGGACAUUGUCUACAUUUUCAUCUUCCUGUUACAGAUUUUUGGGAGCCGAGAAUAAUGGAUUACUUUAGGGCAUAUUCCAAAGUUCACUGUAGAAGAUUCAGAAAGUAACUGUCAACAGCAGUCACCUUUAACUUAAUUUAGAAAGGAGGCAGAUUCAAUUUACUGUGUUUAGUAUAUGUGAACCUUUCCUAAAACCAGGCCUAAUAUGAUACUUUCAAUGUCUCCUACAUAAUUUAAGUCCCAACUGCCUUGUCUUGACAUAAAACUGCUGGCAAUAAUAUAUGGCCUAUCUGUCUAAAUGCAGUUCUUUCUUCCUGAAGUCAGACAUUUCACUUUGUUAUCUUAGAUUACCCAAACACCCCAUUUAUAGCAGUCAUAUCAAGAAAAACUUGACAAUUAAUGCUUACACAGCAGCAUUUUAAGUAUCUGAUAUACACAAAGCCUUUUAAGUUAACUCAACUUAUUAAAACAACUUUUUGGUCAAUAUAUAAUAAGACUAUGAUCAGUAGGAUCAGUGAAUUAUCUUCAGCAAAAAGGAAGAAAACUGGAGAAGUUACAACACUCAAUUUUCUACCCAUUGCUAAAAUGGGAAACUGAAACAGUAAGGUGGGUCAUUUUCAGUCAUAUACUUUGAAAUUAAUGAUACGGCAUGUCUGUGCUUCACUAAAACAAUCUAUUGACAUUUUUAAUCUGAGCAAUACAGUUAUAUGACUUUAUGAACAAAUUCUAUAUUUUGUUAUUGCUUUCUGUAAUGUUUUGGUUAGCAGUAUUUAUUUUGUUGUAUAUUUAUGAAAUCAUGUCAUUAACCACAUUAAGUUAUUUAGAAUAUUUUGUCUAAGUCAUGGUUCUGUUAUUUAUGUCACUAUUAACAUUAUCAUAUCAAGUUUGUUCAUUUAUUAAAUUGGCCAAGUGUAUUUUAUUCUACUGAUUUAUAUUUGCAAACUGUGUUUUAACCAAAUAAUAGGCUUACUUUAACAUAAAUUCAUAUUUAACAAUAUAACUCUUCUAAAGCUGGAAAUUAAAGAACACAUUUAGGGUUUUAAAUUCUAGAAGUGGUAUUGAAUUACUUCACUGUAAAUCAGUAGUCCUCCUUAAUAACUCCUGGAUAUAUUGCCUUUUACAGUGAAAUUAAUCUGAGCCAGAACAUUUAUAUUGUUUUGAUACAAGAUUUGGGUGAAACAAACUGUUCAGACCCAAAUGCAUUUUAAGCUGUAUAGCAUUAAUAUGUUGUUGCAUGGUUUCUCUAUUAAAUACACUUCUAAGAAAAUGA